AUGAUAUUCGAUAAUGCGAUCAAAUCAAUUUUCCAAGAUAUUGACACUGAAUUAGAAUCUGUCCUUAAACAAGAGACACAAUUUGAAAAUAAAAAUUUAAGGGCUCCGACGGAAAAGGAUGAUGGUGAUAACGUAUCCAUUGAAGAUUUGACAGUUUUACAAAACCAGUUGCAAACAGUAAAAGAUAUUGUUGCCCAACUUAUAAAAACAAUUGAUAAAAGAAACAAUAGCAACAAUAACAGUAAUGAGAAGCUCAACAUCCCAUAUGCUAAACUGUCUGAAAUAUCUCAAAAUCGAGAUAUAUACCAGAAUCAUAGAAAACCAUCCUUACUUCCUUAUAAGAUAACCAAAAUUAUUGAAAAAUAUAUCAUUACCAUAUGCUUCUAUGUUAUAUUAAAUGAGACACUAAAUGCAUUAGCCAUAGCGUACGAUACUCAGAAAUAUUAUAAAACCCUUGAGAAAUCUCUUUUAUGGAUGGCUAUUUAUGGAAUUCAACAUUCAAUACCAAAAUUAUAUUCAUUUACAACUAACAUCAUUAAGGAUAUCCCACCAUUAUCCCCUUCCUCUUCUUCGUCAUAUUUAGCUAAACAGAGAAACAACUUCAACCCAAGUAACGUUAUUUUAAAAGUAAAACCAUCCAUUCAUAAACUAUUCAUGAUCCGGGGAUUCCAAAUAGUAGGAAGUGUACCAAGUUUUUAUAAUGACACAAUAAAUUUCACAAAAUUAAUUCUCAAUUUACCUCAAUGGAUAAUAAAACAAGAUAUAAUUGAUAAAAUACAAUUGAUUGAUUCAGGUCUAAACCAUUGGACAUCAUCAUUUGGUGAAUUAAUCAAUCAUUUCUUUGCAAAUAAUUCUUCAUCUGCAAUACCAUCUAUAACGACAUUAUCAAAUUUCUUACCAUCUGAUAAAGAUGUGACUAACAAUGAUGACUCGUUACAAAACCUUGUCAUAAAGACCCAAUUAUUUCAAAAGGAAAACCAACUAAAAUCCAUAAGAAAACCAAAUAUCUUAACAAGAUAUUGGCCCACAUUAUUACUAACAUUAUUAUACGGUCCCAACUCCGUCAAUUUAAUCUGGAAUCACAGAGAUGACAUUCUAAGAUUCAUAAAUGAAAACAUUUUCCAAUUCAUUAAUGGAUUAAUCAAAAAUUGGAUCUGGAUACCAUUACAAAAUAUUUGGGCCACUGUGAAACAUGAUGAUUCCAGUUCAAUGGCAAUGAUCUCAAAAGGUUCAUUAGAUUCUGAAAUGAAUUCAUUAACGAGAAUGAUAGUAAGUUUUGUCCUAGAGAAUUCUGCCACACAAUCUCCAUCUCCAGAGAAUACUAUUGAUACUGAAUCAUUAGUACGUGAAGUGGAACAUGGCGAUUUGACUAGAUUUAUGGAACUUUAUGAGAAUCAAUUACAUCAUCCUUUGAAGAAUAUCGUUUCAGGGAAAUUAAUUAGAUCAAUUUUAAUUCAAGUACAAAAGACAAAAGUGGAUGGAUCAAUGGCUUUGAAUGGUAUUGAUAAGAUGCUACAAUCACAACAAUUGGUGUUUGGUGUAGUGGCCAUGUCUCCUGCUGUGUUGAUCGUUUAUUUUUUGACAAAUUCCAUUGUUAAAUUUAUAAAAAUGGGAAAUAUUUGGUCUAGAUUACAGCAUACUAAGGAUGCCUUGAGUAUUAGUUUGAAUAAUGUAGAAAGAAUCUUAAACAAUAUUGCUAAUGCUCAGAAGACAAAUGAGGAUCACAAUGAAACAAUGUUUUAUAAACAAGGAUUAUUGACUUUGGAAGUGUCAAAUAUGUAUAAUUUCGGAAAAGCAGUUAUACCAUCUUCAAGAAAAAAGGAAUGGAUUAGAGAUGUAGAAGAAAUUUUGAGUAAUGAUUUAAACUAUAUUGGUAAGUUACAAGUGAUUAAGAGAAUUUACCAUGCCUACGGGAAAUACUUUUAA